UACUGAUCAUGAACCAACACCCACUUUGUAGAUGUAGAUCUCACGCCCAGAAAAUGUCAAGGUCGCAUCCGUUGUUAUCUCUACAGAUCAUGUUUGCUUUCAAGUAUUAAUAUUGUUUACAGAAAUACAUCUCAAAGGUGUUUGAUCUUAUAUCAGGGUGAUUUUUAUCUCUCUUUAAAAGUGGAUCAAAUGCUUUGGGUAUGGAGCCAGAAUGUAAUGAAAUUGAAGGGCUCACAAAAAAGUUUCGUCAAAACUUAAACUUAAGCAUACUAUUGUAGGAAAACACUCUGAUUGUUAGGCUAAAAAUCAAAUGCCUUUAAAAGUGACACUCAUAAAGUCUUCAAACACUAGGUGUGGAUUUAUAUCGCUUUUGAUGAGGGAACCGAGUCUCCACCUCCUUCCUGGACCAACCCAAAAUCUGACUACUGCCACGCCCUUAACCCUCAUUAUACCACAAAGACAAUAAACUGUACUAACUUUUUGUAAACACUACUUACUGUAAACUUAUUUACAACAGGGAUGUUAAAUUGAACAUCAGCAUACAGUUGCGUAAACCUGCUCUUAUUAAAAAGCAAUUUAAACACCUAUAUAGCAUGCAAUUGUUAUAAUAAAAUGAUUUUUCUUUUCUUUCCAACGUAGCUAAUUUGGUAAGCAAAUGUAUUGUGGGUACCAAACGUCUGAUAUCAUUUGUUUUUUAUCUCAUUUUUCAGGUUGAUUUAAGUAACUUGUUUGUAAUAAUAGUUUACUUUAAUGUUAUAGGCUUUCGGGGGCUCAGACGUUGGGAUCCAUUGUUUCCAGUUCAUAUAAAUCGUGCAUAUCAUGUGUAUGCUCUAGUCUGUCACCUCCUUUAUGCUAUUGAAUACUCUUCAAAUGAAGUUUCGAUGUGUACUUAUGAAGCAUCGAUCGAAUCUACAACAACGGGAUUUUAAAGAAACAUUAUCUGGAAAUGUGAUUCAAAGAAUGAAAGUGAAACUGAUUGUUGGAGAUCAAAGAAACAAUGUAGGUGGGGAGAGAUGGGUGAGAGAGAGAGUACGGAAGAGUUUGUGAACGGAUUUUAUUACUAUCAGGACCAGAGCUGAUUUAAGUGUUUCAUAUUUGACAUGAUGAGGGAGGAUAAUCUCGUCCCCAGACAGAGGAGCAGACUGUCUGUGGUGUGUGCGGUUGUUCUGGGGAUUCUAGCGCUGGGAUUUUCUUUUCUGCUGGACUCUGAUCGAUUUACUGAGAGAUUGGGACUGAUAGCUUUAUGCAUCACGCUGGAGACAUCUCUUUAUAGCGUGUGCUUGUUUGCAGAGGAGUGGAUCUUCCAUUUAAAGCAACGUUAUCGUGGUCAAAUAAGGAGGAUAGUUGAGGCAUGCUUUAAUGGGCAUGUCUUAUUGGGAAUGUUACUCAUAUACCUGCUGUUAAAGCUGGGUGGAGUUUCGUUUUCUUAUGAGCAACUGAGCACCAUAAGCCUUACAUGUGCCGUUUACAUGUUCUCUAAAAGCCUGUCGGUCCUGGCCCUUGCUCCUGUGGAGAUCUCAGAAAUCUGUGAAGUAAGGAAAAUGAAUGUGGCACAUGGCUUGGCCUGGUCAUUCUUCUUUGGCUACCUCAGAUUUGUGCUUCCAGAUCUAAAUGAGAAAGUCAGGAACAACGCCACAAGGAUGAGACUAAGCUCUCAUCGCCUCCAUAUUCUUCUGCCCCUCAACGCUGCAGCCCCAAACAAACCAGAAGAUGAAGACGACCAUGUGGUCUUUCAUGAGAACCUUCCAGAACUACAGCUAAACAGAGCAGGAGUGCGACAACGCAGCUACAAGAACAGCGUCUACAAAAUCACGGGCCGGAAUAAUGAGACAUAUUAUUGUGCCUUGGAAUAUGCCACACCACUACAGACACUGUAUCAGAUGUCCCAGGACAGAAAUGCAGGAUUCGGAGAAAAAGAACGAAAAGAACAAGUCUUGCUUUUCUACAGAACCCUCAGCCAAAUUCUGGAAAAUGACCCUGACUGCCGAAAUCUGUUCCGUCUUGUACUGAUCAACGAUGAGCACACUGGUGAGGCACAUUACCUCUCCAGAGAGAUCAUUCAGCACCUGACACAACAGGAAGGAGAGAUCCACAUGAAUCCAAUCCAAGAGAAUCUGGUUCAUCCUCUUCCAGAAAAGGGAGUCAUGAGAGAUGUUCAUGGUGCAGCUGCAGAAGAUCAGAUGAGCAGCAAUCCGACCCUCAUGUUCAGUCUCCCUGGAUCAUUGAGAUCAGAGCCGGUAGAAACUACUGAUGAUUACGGCCAAUAAAGUGCUAGGAGAGACUCCUGUGCCAGUCACAACUUAGGAUUUAUGAAAAAUAAAAGUUAUCUAUGAGCUGUACUCCAUUUUUUAAAUGAAUAUUAGUAUUAAAUGUCCAGUUUUUGUUCACCACCUG